AUGUCACAGGUCUCAUCGACGGAGGCUCCGGCGCUCACUCCUCGAUUUUGUUUUGACGAGAGACUACUCAGAGAUUUUCUCCGACUUUCGAGGUCGACAAUCGACGAUUCCAUAACACAGAACCUCAAUGCGCUGAUCACACCGGCCAAGGAAGGGUUCGAUCCAUCUUCAACCGCGGUGCGACAGACAGACUCUCGAUCUCGAAGAACCAUUAACUCUACGGCUUGCCAGGGUUUCAAAGAAAAUGUGUUGUUUCCAUCAUGGCAGACAAGAUCAGAUGUGUUGAACUAUUGCGCCGGUGUGGCUACAAGUCCCGACCCCGAUGAUCCGGAUAUGAUUCUCCGACAGACUGAAUCUGCGCGAGAUCGGGAACGAGUGGUUGAUGAGCGAUUGGAUCCUUAUUCUGCGCGGUUCUUUCCUCGCGAAGCAAGGACUGAGUCUUUAGCAAAUUUGAUUCGAAAUGAGCGCACCAUUGAAGACAUCAUCCGAGCCCGGACCUGGGGCAUGGUUUCCGAAAAAUGCAGUGGUUCUACGACGUGGCAGGAAGCUCUCGAUAGCUGGCGCCAUGACCGUCGGAAAUAA